AUGCCUUAUGAAAUGACUAAAAGAGCAUGCAUUGAAACAUUCCCAUAUCUUGUACUUUUCAAAUAUUUCAUUUUCCAUCAAGAUUUUCCCUUAUUCUUUCCCUCAAAUUGUUUUAGAGUCUUUUUUGGAACUCAUCUAAACUGGGCUUGGGCUAAGUUGUCCACUUCCCAGCUUCUUACAGUAGUUUUAAUAACACUACCAAGUCUAUGGCUGAGAGAUCUUUCUUCCAUUUCUUUUCUCUCUUUUGGUGGUAUUCUCAUGUCAAUUAUAAUUUUCUCAACUGUGGCUUGCACUGCCAUUUUUGGAUGUGUUAAACCUAACCAUAAGAUACUAGCUCUUAAUCUUCACAAUAUUCCUUCAAUUUCUGGGCUUUGUAUAAUCGGCUAUACAGGACAUAUAUUUUUCCCUGACAUGUACGAAGCCAUGAAAGAUCAUUCAAAGUUUACCAAGGCGGGUACAUAUAAGUUUGUUCGGUUUUUCUUUCAGCAAAGAAUAAGGUCAUAUGAUCUCAUAUAUUCUCUCUUAUAUAUGUGUCUUAGCUACAAGAUUACCUUAAGCAUGCCUCCACAUCUAAUUGUGACAAAGAUUGCUUGGGAAACUGUGUUAACACCAAUGACCAAAUAUGCAUUGGAAUUUGCACCCUUUGCUAUUCAACUUGAGAACAACCUUCUUCCCCAAUUCAUGAGUUCAAGAGCCAAGAUGAUUAGUGGAAGUGUUGGUUCAAUUCUUCAUCUUAUUAUACUUAUUUUGGCCCUUUCUGUGCCAUACUUUGAGCAUGUUCUUGGCCUUACUGGCUCAUUGGUCAGUAUUGGAGUAUGCCUGAUUCUACCUUGUGUCUUCUACAUCAAGAUCUAUUGGGGUCAGAUACCAAAACCUGUUCUGGUUCUUAGCCUCAUUUUUGUUGCAUUUGGUUCUUUUCUUGGGGCAUUUGGAACAAUUUCUUCAUCAAAAUCUCUCAUAAAGACAUCCAUGAAAGCUCACUCAACCUGA